AACAAAUUCAAUAAUCCAUUUUUUCGUAAAAAUAAAAAAAAAAACAUUUUGUAACAAAGAGGGAAGGAUGAAGAAGAAAAAAGUAAUUUCUAACCCUAACCCUCAAAUUUAAUUUACAUCUCUCUAAAAAUUAAUCGAUUCCAUAGUUUUCUAUCUAACAAAUCGACAAUUCAUCACAUACAAAUAUACAAUUUCGGAUUUCCAGCAUCAAAUUACCAUUUUCUGAAUUUGAGGAGCAGAUAAUAACAGUGACCGAAAAUAAAUCAAAGGAUUGAAGGUAAAUUCAUCUUCUUUCAACGACAUUGGAAACUUUGAUCUUCCAAAAUCAAGAAGAUGAGUCCUUCAGUGGCUCGGAGAUCUCCAAAAGGGCACCAUUCGUCCCGGCGGUCCGUUUCCCCGGAGAGAAAUCAUGGUGAGCCUCGCAGAAGAGGGAGAUCACCUGCUGCAAUCUCUCGUAGUAGUCGGAGCCCGUCAUGUAGGGAAAGAUCCCCAGUUAGUCAUAAAAGCUCUCAUAGGGAUAGGGGUGGUUCUGCAGUGAGGGAGAGGCAUUCAGGCCGAGUUAAGUCACCGAAACGAAAGAAAUCGAGCUCUCCUGUGCCGAGGUCUCCAUCACCUAGGACUAAACGGUUAAGGAGAGCUCAGGCUGACUAUGAUGAGGAAGCUUUAGAGAGGGAACAUGAAAGCAAACAUAGAAAAGGAAGUGAUAAGUCUAAACAUGAGAGAGUCCAUAAGGAAAGGGAUUUUGAGAAGGAAGUUUCAAAGGGUAGAAGAGAGCGGAAGUCUGAAAAAGAAAGAGAUAGAGGACAACCCAGAGAUGGAGAUGGUGCAGGUGGUGCCUCUUCUAGACCAAGACAUCGUCGAUCUGAGUCACCAUUGGAUCAUCAUCGCCACCGCGGCAGACACCAUUCACGAUCACCUCCACCGGCUUCUCGCUCCAGAGCCCGUGAUGAGGAUGAAGCAUCCAGAGGAGCUGCACACCUAGAUGAUGGUAGUGAUUCCCUAGCAAUGAUGGAAGCUACUGAGCAGGCGUUGGAAACGAAACAAAAGCAAAAACCUUCGUUUGCACUAUCAGGAAAGCUUGCGGAAGAAACCAAUCGAGUAAGAGGUAUUACUCUUCUUUUCACUGAACCACCUGAUGCUCGGCAACCUAAUGUAAGAUGGCGCUUGUAUGUUUUCAAGGGCGGUGAAGUGUUAAAUGAGCCACUUUAUGUGCAUCGUCAGAGUUGUUACCUAUUUGGAAGAGAGAGAAGGGUAGCUGAUAUCCCUACAGAUCAUCCAUCUUGUAGCAAACAACAUGCAGUCCUUCAAUACCGGCAAGUGGAAAAAGAGAAACCUGAUGGGAUGAUGUCAAAGGAAGUAAGGCCAUACUUGAUGGACCUUGGAAGCACAAAUAAGACCUUCGUUAAUGACAAUGCUAUUGAACCACAGCGUUAUUAUGAGCUCUUUGAGAAGGAUACCAUAAGAUUUGGCAAUAGCAGUCGAGAAUACGUGCUACUACACGAAAACUCCAAUACCUAAUCUGCCUCAGCUCCUAAAGUCCGAGUUGACCACCGAUUACAAGAGUUAUUGUGGGUUCUUCAUCCUGCAAAUAUCUGUUGUGGAAUUGGCCCAUGUUACCAAUCGCUCCCUGGAGUCAUUUUGAGAGAGGACGUCUAUCUUUGUAACUUAGAUUAUUUACAGCCUUGCUUUUGUUGUCUCCUGUAGUUAUUGAAUAGGUUAGUGUUAGUUCUUAUCUAGUUUUUGAAAUAUAUUGUGGCCUUCUAUUUUGGAAGUUGUUCCUUGUACUCUGGCUUGUGAUUUUGAUCGAAUGGAAGUUACUACUAUUGUGCAGUCCA